AUGAGCUUCACUCGUAAGCCUAGUAGUGAACAGCCCGGUCGAAAACCAGGUCAUCGCAGCACAAUGUCAUCUUCCAAUGAGCCACAGGUCUUGAAUUCGAAUCCAGAAGUCCUUCUGCGCAAGAGGAGAAAUGCUGAUAGAACAAGAAAUGAUAGACAGGCAGAAAUACAAAAGAGAAGAGAAACAAGAAGUAAACAGAGAAAACUGAACAAAAAACGGUUCUUGAGAGCCGAAUCUAUCGUCGCCAAAACCCUAGCUACAGACAGAGAAAACGAGAGAAUCAAAAGAAUAUCCAAGCUAGAAGCGCAAAAAUCAAAGAGUCAAUUAGACCAUCUACCAUCUGACAAAAAUUUCUUGUUGAAGAUAACCGAGAGAGGGGAUUACGCGGAAGAUGAUCACGAUGAGGAUGACGAUGGUCUGAUCAAAGAAAAGUCAGUUUAUAAUGGCGAGCCAACACUUCUAUUUGUCAUGAGGGUCAAAACGAACGGCGCCACGUCCAUUCCUCACAGAGCUUUCAAGAUAUUGACUCUUCUAAGAUUGGUUGAGUUGAACACCGGUAUUUUCAUCAAAUUGACAGGGAAGGUUUACCCGUUGCUCAAAUUCAUUGCACCUUAUAUUGUUAUCGGUAAACCAUCGUUAUCGUCGAUUCGUGCAUUAAUUCAAAAGAGAAGCAGAAUCAGCUACCAAAAGAGCGAAGAUGAGGAACCUGUCGAAAUGCCACUAAAUGAUAACAAUAUCAUCGAAGAAAAGCUGGGUGAGCUUGGCAUUAUUUGCCAGGAAGAUAUUGUUCACGAGAUUUCCGUUUUGGGUGACUCCUUCAAGAAGUGCAGUAAUUUCCUAUUACCAUUCAAAUUGAACAGAGAAAUUUCAGGUUUCAGUGCAAUAAAUAAGGUCAGAAGAAUUAAACAAAGAGAAAAUGCCAAGAGAACUCAGAAGUAUAUGACAAACUCAUCGACAGCGCCUAUCAUUGAAGUUGAUAUAAAUUCUUUGAUCGCGAAACUAAACUGA